AUGGAGUUCGUUGACACGAUGCAGCAAAGCCGUGUCCCCAAUUCAAGUAUUGUAGGAGUACUUUCUGAUAUGCACGGAGGACGUGAGAAUAUUCCUUUCACGACACGAGACCUUGAAAAUAGGAAAGCUGCUAAUGUUCGAGCAGAGAAUGCAGAUGACAUUAGCAAGCUGCUAGAGUUUUUCAAAGAAUGCAAGAAAGAAAAUCCAAAGUUCUACUGGGAUAUAAAGGUUGAUGAGGAAGGGAUUGUUAAGAAUGUUUUUUUGGAGCCACGCGAGUUUGCCAGAAGGAUGCUCGAUGUUGUGGUAUCUAGGAAGGAUAAGGAGUCCGCGGAGACCCGAGGUUGUGAGGGUGUACCCAUUGUGAAGACCCCUUGGCCAUUUGCGGAGCAGUUAUCUAGGGUGUACACUCGGGCUGUGUUCAAGGUGUUUGAGGAUUCCCUACAUGAUAGUGUGUAUUUUAGGAUUGAACUAGAGGGAUCGGAUGGCAUUCAUUGGGUUAUUUCUCAUACCAAACGCUCGGAGAAGCAUGACUGGUGCCAAAGACAGUUCAAGGUGAUAGUGGAUGUUGAUAACGGGAACUUUAGUUGUGAAUGCCUGCAGUGGGAACAUACAGGAAUGUUCUGCCCCCAUCUGUUGCGAGCCUUUGUUCAUGCGCAGGUUGAGAAAAUUCCACAUAUGUAUGUUCUUCGUCGAUACACAAAGCAAGCUAAAAGUGAUGUGAACUAUGAUCGUCGUGACCGUCCUAUGGCUGGACCAGACGGUGUUAAAGAAUCCUACAGAACAAAGUUGUUGUCAUAUGAUGCCAUGCAGAUCGUCAAGUUGGGGCGGAGGUCAAAGGUAGCUUUUGAUAGGGCAACUGCUGUGCUGAAGGGACUGAGGAAGCAACUUGAAGAGAUACCACCAGAUUCAGAUGUUGGGGUUGGCAAUGCAGUGACAAGUGGUAAAGACGCGGAAAGUGUGGCCGAUACCAUGCGGGCUGGACAAUCGAUGUCAAUGAGUGAACAUGAUUGUGAAAGAGUGAGCAGACGCCCUCCUCCUCGGUCAAUGACAAAGGGAAGGGCAAGCGAGCCUACCGAGAAGGUUAAGCUAGGGGCUCGUGGCGAUAAGAAAUGCACCAGGGGGUGCGGGUGGUGUGGUCUGAAAGUUGGUCACAAUAGCUCUACAUGUCCUAAUAAUCCAGCUAAUUUCAAGCGUAUUGCGGAGGCCAACAACAAGGGAAAACGUAAGAGAGGUCGCCCAAGAGGAAGUGGCGUUGGAGGUGGUCGUGGACGGAAAGCUGUGAGAAGGAACCUGAUUGACGAAUGGGCUGAAGGGCCUGUGGGAGGGGAGUGUAGCAUGAGAAGCGAGGAGGGUGAUGAUGACUGUAGCGUGCAAAGUGGUGGCGACACCGAGGAUCUUUCAGAAUGAAUGUACUGAGGGGUUUGUUUCGAUUGGGUUUUCUCGAGUUUCAUUUUGUGCUUUGUAGAUGUCCUUAUCAUAGAAACAUUACGUUAAUAAAGGUUUUGGUAUAUUUAUUUCUAUGUUGUUAGAUAUGGCAUAGCCCGGAUUGCUGCGUUUUUUUAAUUUCUUUACUGGCACUGAAUGGAAUUGUUUUAUCGCUUAGUAAAACAAUUACUCAUAUAUUACGAGAGAGUUGUGUUUUUUUCAGGCAACGAUCAUUAUGAAAUUGAAAUUCCGAUCAUGUAGUGUGGAACUUAAAAAUAACAGACAAGAGGGUAGUAAAUUGAUUACUAUUUAGUUGUUCUGUCUGUUAGUAAUAAAUAUACUUAUAAGCUGGGGAGAUUAUUAUUUAAUUAGGUUAAUGACCUUGGACUCCCAUUGAGUAUGCAUUUUUAAUUCAUGGCAUUGU